ACGAACAGAGGGCUCUGUUCUUCGCCCCUUCUCUCCCUCCCACCACCACCCCCCUUGAUCUACUCCAUCAACCCCUCAAACUCACAGAUCGGACCCCCCCAAGCUUCUUUGAGGAUGGCGGAUGGUGAUGGACCUUGGUAUGACGGAUUAAUCGAUGAGUGGGAUAAGGAGCAUCGUGCUCGUGCCAUUGAAAAUGGACAGGUUGUAGUUGCUAUGCGCAUGAGGGGUCAUUCCGCUGAUGACUUUGAUUACGACCCGCGGUAUGAGCCUUACAUUCGGAGAUUGGGUCUUCUCCCAUUCGUGUUGCAGUUUAAGCGACGCGCUCCGCCGGUGAACCACGCGGCGCUGACCGCACUUGUGGAUCGUUGGAGGCCGGAGACUCACUCCUUCCACCUUCCAUGUGGGGAGAUGACGAUGACCCUACAGGACAUGGCUAUGAUAAGCGGCCUUCCUAUCAAUGGACAAGCUGUUACCGGUCGUGUCAGCGUGGGUAAUUGGCGAGAACGGACUGCCGAUUUAAUUGGCGUUCAGCCCGAGGGCCCCCAGGAAGGCAAGGCCGAUACAGCGAAAGUGAGGCAUUCUUGA